GAGGGCGCCACCGUACAAUAUUACUGCAUUAUUGUUUUUUAUCAGAAAUUACGCUAUUCCUAAUCCCCAAAAAAACCGCAAACGCGCGAGUGUUUAUGUUUCGUCUCCAAGUGCAUAUCAUAGAUUAGUAGUGUUAGUAACCCCGCAGCGCCCUGCUCUCCAAAAAUACACGCGUAAUUCCCCCCACCCACGCACUCCCAGUUUUUUUUGUUUUCGACCCCUGACUGCGUUUGUGGAUUUUCCCCAAAAAAAAAACGAAGAAAAAUUUUGGGCACCCUAUCGAUUUCACCGGCCGCAAACUGAAUUCCCCAGGAUAAUAGCACGGAUAAUGGAGGUUUCCGCCGAUCCCUACGAGCAGAAGCUCUAUCAAAUGUUCCGGAGCUGCGAGAAGAAUGGAAAUGGCCUGCUGGACGAGAAGUCGCUGCUGAAAUUGUGCUCCCUGUUGGAACUCCGGGAUCAGGGAUCCGCACUGAUCACCAGUUUGGGCGGCAGUCACCAGGUGGGCGUGUCCUUUGGCCAAUUUAAGGAGGCGCUACUCAAUUUCCUGGGAUCCGAAUUCGAUGGUACGACGUCAUCGGGCUUUAUGGAGCGUUCGCUGGUGAUCACAGAUGAGCCUUUGACCAGCACAUAUAUCGAGAGUCCUCCGGAGUCUUCCGAUCGCGAAGUUUCACCCAAACUCAUAGUGGGCACCAAGAAGUACGGACGCCGCUCCAGGCCGCAUCAGGGAAUCUACGAGUUGUCCGUCACGGAUUCGGAUAAUACGGACGAGGAUCAGCUGCAGCAGCAGCAGAAGCAGCGGAGUCUCAACGGCUGCGAUGAGCUGGGAGUUCAGGUCCAACGUUCCUCCUCCCAGAGCGAUCUUCCCGGCAGCCGACGGCUGCGUUCCGUUCACACCAGCGGUAGCAAGCUGAAGAGAUGUGCUUCGCUGCCGGCACGCCGGAUUAUUCAGUCCAAAAUGCACAACACCUCCACGGGGGCGAAUACUUCACCGACGGCCGCGGCCAAGUUGAAGCAGCUUUCCACCCAGAGUCAGACGCAGCACAGUAGCAGCGUGGAAUCACUGGACACGGUGACGCCGCAGCAGCUGGAGACGAUCUCGGUGCACAGCAUCAUCGAGGCCUGGGAGCUGGCCAGCAUUGUGAACAGUCGCACUUUGCUCCAUGUGCUCGGUUUCGAUGAGGAGGAGGAGGUGAAUCUGCAGCAGCUGACCAAGGCGCUGGAGGAGGAGCUGCGCGGUCUGGAUGGCGAUCAGGAGCAGUCGAAUAUGCUGCGUGCUUUGGCCGCUCUGCAAACCACCGAGUUGGCCAACUACCGACUGGCCUUCCGGCAGCAGCACGAGGAGAACCUCAAGCUGAGGGCAGAUAAUAAGGCGGCCAACCAAAGGGUUGCCUUGUUGGCCGUAGAAGUGGAUGAGCGGCAUGCCUCGCUGGAGGACAGCUCCAAGCAGCAGGUGGCGCAGCUGGAGCAGCGACAUGCCAGCAUGGUGAGGGAACUCACGCUGCGAAUGAGCAAUGAUCGCGAUCAUUGGACCAGCAUGACGGGCAAGCUGGAGGCGCAGCUGAAGGCCUUUGAGCAGGAGGAGAUUCGUCUCAAAACGGAGCUCGAACUGCUGCGCGCGGAGAACGCGGAACUGGAAACGGAGCAGCAAAAGGCGCACGUACAACUCACCGAGCUGCUCGAGCAGAACAUUAAGCUUAAUGAGGAACUGGCCCACAGGCCGAGCAUCGCUGGCACUCCCGAGCACAGUCCAUUGCGUCCGCGCAGGCACAGCGAGGACAAGGAGGAAGAGAUGCUGCAGCUGAUGGAGAAGCUGGCUGCUUUGCAAAUGGAGAACGCCCAGCUGCGUGACAAGACUGACGAACUGACCAUCGAAAUCGAGAGCUUAAAUGUGGAGCUAAUCCGUUCGAAAACCAAAGGGAAGAAGGAGGAACAGGAGGCGGCUGCCACGGCCACCAAAAGGCGCGGAGAUUCCCCUAGCAAAACACAUCUUACAGAGGAAAGUCCGCGCCUGGGAAAGCAGCGCAAGUGCACCGAAGACGGCGAGCAGAGCGGCGAUUGGUUGGCUUUGAACUCUGAGCUGCAGAGGAGUCAAAGCCAAGAUGAGGAGCUAAACAAUCUCAGGCAAAGGGUGACCGAAUUGGAGACCGAACUAAAGGCCGCCAAGGAGGGCAGAUCUCUCACCCCCGAAAGCCGCUCCAAAGAACUCGAAGCCAGCCUCGAGCAAAUGCAGCGCGCCUAUGAGGAUUGCGAGGACUACUGGCAAACGAAACUCAGCGACGAGCGGCAGAUGUUCGAGAAGGAGCGACAGAUCUACGAGGAUGAGCAGCACGAGAGCGACAAGAAGUUCACCGAGCUGAUGGAGAAGGUGCGCGAGUACGAGGAGCAGUUCAGCAAGGAUGGCCGCCUGUCGCCCAUCGAUGAGCGGGAUAUGCUAGAGCAGCAGUAUGUGGAAUUGGAGGCAGAGGCGGCCCAACUGCGCACGAGUUCCGUGCAAAUGCUCGAGGAGAAGAGCCAAGAGAUUAGCUCCCUGCAGUCGGAGAUUGAGGAUCUGCGACAGCGGCUGGGCGAAAGCGUGGAGAUUCUCACGGGUGCCUGUGAACUCACCUCCGAAUCGGUGGCCCAAUUAAGUGCCGAGGCGGGCAAAAGUCCAGCCAGUUCGCCCAUCAGCUACUUGUGGCUGCAGAGCACCAUUCAGGAGCCUGCCAAAUCCCUAGCCGAUCGAGAUGAGGCCACCGCCAGUGCCAUCGAACUGCUGGGAGGCUCGCCAUCGCACAAGACAGCCAGUCGCAAUAACCUCACCACUUCGGAGACAUCCAUCUUCAGCACCACACCCUUUGAGAGCUCCCAAUCGAAUCCUUCGCCCACGAACAGUGGUACCACCAAUGUCGGUCCAGCGCCCAUCAGCAAACCCAAGCGGGCCCAGAGUCCUCAGCAGGUUCAAUCGGAGGGAGAGAUUGCCGAUUGUGAGACCUCGUCGACGGCGUCCAACAAGAGCUUCGAAUCCACCAGCAAAACAUCUUGCCUUAGCCACGAAAAGUGCAGCAGUCCGUCGGCCCUGAAGGAGGAACUGAAACGACUCAAGUUCUUUGAGCUUUCCCUCAAGGAGCAGAUCAAGGAUUUGAGCCUUCAACGCGACGGUUUGGUAAUGGAACUGCAGCAGUUGCAGGAGGCACGACCCGUGCUCGAAAAGGCCUAUGCGCGAACAACGCAUCCAACGCUUCAGCAGCGACUGAACCAAUUGGAGCUGCGGAAUCGCCAUCUGCAGAAUGUCAUCAAGCAGCAGCAGCAGUACACCGAGUCCCUGAUGCAGCAAUCCUGGCGGCAGCAUCAAGUGGAGCUCAAUGAACUGCAUAGCCGCAUUGAAACCCAGGGAGUUAUGCUGGCCGAUCAAACACAGCGCCUGCAGAGUGCCGACAUCCUGGUGAAGGAUCUCUAUGUGGAGAACUCUCAUCUGACGGCCACUGUGCAGCGUUUGGAGCAGCAGCGGGCCAGGGUGAACCUUAUCCAUCAGCAGCAGCAACAGCAGCGACUUGUGGGCGGCGGACUGCCCGGCAUGCCUUAGUUUGCCAAUCCUGUUUUGGCAAACGGAUAUAGUUUAUAGUUAAA